UGUCCCUUAAAGCCACGCUCUCCCCAGCGGCUGCUCUUAGCAGAUUCAUCAUUCUCUCUCUUCGUCUACCCCCCAACCUCCCCAGUCAGCUCUGGAUCUUUACCAUCAUCAUCGAUGAUGAACUCCGAUGCAGCUUCCCCUCCGACCUCCUACUGGUGCUACAGCUGCACCCGCUUUGUUCGCCUCUUGGAUCGGGACGAUGUCGCUUGCCCUCACUGCCAAAGCGGCUUCGUUGAAGAGAUCCACAACCACCCUUCCUCCGAUCAUCAUCACCUCAGCCCCUUUCCUCCUUCUACCUUCCCCGAUUCAGCUCCUACUUCCUACGAUUUCAGCAGACAAGGGUUCCGUCGAAGGCGACGCAACGCCGGCAACAGAUCUCCCUUUAACCCUGUAAUUGUCCUCCGUGGACCCGUCGACGGAACCGCUGGCCACAACGGUGUCGGUAGUGACCAGGAAGAGAGCAGCUUCGAGUUGUACUACGAUGACGGAGAUGGCUCCGGCCUCCGACCGUUGCCGCCGGCCAUGUCUGAGUUCCUGUUAGGGUCAGGGUUUGAACGGCUUCUGGAGCAGUUUUCCCAGAUCGAACUGAAUGGGUUCGGGCGUCCAGAGAACCCGCCCGCUUCCAAAGCAGCCAUAGAGUCGAUGCCUGCGAUUGUUAUUGAGGAGACCCAUGUGGGUUCCGAUGCGCACUGUGCCGUGUGCAAGGAAGCGUUCGAACUCGGUACGGAGGCGCGUGAAAUGCCCUGCAAGCAUAUAUACCAUUCAGAUUGCAUCCUUCCGUGGCUUUCAAUGCGCAAUUCAUGCCCUGUGUGCCGCCACGAGCUGCCGUCGGAUCGAAACACGUUAGACAGUAGAGUGUCGGGUCAAAUCGAUGACGAAACAGUAGGAUUGACGAUUUGGCGGCUGCCUGGUGGGGGCUUCGCGGUUGGAAGGUUUUCCGGCAGUCGGAGAGCCGGCGAGAGUCAUUUCCCUGUCGUGUACACGGAAAUGGACGGUGCACUGAAUACAAAUGGAGCCCCGAGAACAGUUUCCCGAACAGCGAGAAGCACCAGAGUCAGAGAAAGUCGCGGCUUUGGAAGAAUUGUUCGCAAUUUCUUGUCAAUCUUCGGGGGGCGUCGGUCAAGGUCAAGUCCAUCUUCAUCUCCUGGUUCCGAGCGCGAGCCUCCGAGCAUGAGUCGGAGCCAUUCGAUCUCAUUAUUCGGGAGAAACUCGAGGAGGCGCAGUAGAACUUGGGUUUUGGAAGAUUGAAUUCGGAAAUAGCAAUUUUGGGAAGAAAAUCAUUAAUUUGGGCCUGCAUUUUGAGGGGAAAAGAGAUUCAUUCUGUAUAUAGCAUAGAACUAUCAAGCAUAAAAUUUUAAUUUUAUGAAGUCAGUCCGGCGAGUUGAUUCGAUUUUGCAUAUCUGGGGUCAAGAGGCGCGCUACUUUACAUUGCUUGCUGGCAGUGAUGGUAGACGAGUGAAGCGACCGAGCAUAGAUUUAUAGAUUCAAAGGGAAGGGAAAUCUAAAUUAUGGAGUCAACCAUGCCGAGUUUUUGUUGUUGCAUAGUCAUUGUAAUCAUUCUUGGAAAAUAAUGUUGAAGAUCUUGUUAAUUA